GCCCACAAUUAAAGUUGCAUGAGAAAGGAGGCGUUCCACAAUUAGUGGAAGAUAGUUGUCCAUUACAGCUCAGAUCCGAAUUUGCAAAAGUGCAAGAUGUAGUAUUUGCAGUGCAGCUUCCACAUGUUAAUGUACAAGGGAGGGUACCAGUACAACCAGUAGUGAUAAAUUGA